AUGCUGUUAAAUAUGAAAAGUACUGGCUACGUUAAAGAGUUUAUUGAUGGAGGACGUGAACAACGCAAAAUGUAUAUACAUCGAGUGAUCUUAUCCGAUUUAAUUGGUAAUACAACUUAUUAUUAUAAAUGUGGUAGUUUAGAUGGUUGGUCAGAUGUUUUGAAAUUUCGUGCUCUCCCAUCUCAUCCUUAUUGGUCACCUAAAAUAGCAGUUUAUGGAGAUAUGGGGACAGCUGAUGCACUUUCACUACCCGAAUUAAUUCAUCAAGUCAAAGAUUUAAAUAGUUAUGAUGUGGUAUUACAUGUUGGUGAUUUCGCCUAUAAUAUGGAUUCAGAUAACGCAAGAGUUGGUGAUCAAUUUAUGCGUAAUAUACAACCAAUUGCAUCAAAAGUUCCUUAUAUGACAUGUGUUGGUAACCAUGAAGCUGCUUACAAUUUCUCAAAUUACAAAGCAAGAUUCACAAUGCCUGGAGGUGAUGGCGAAUCACAAUUUUAUAGGUAA